CUGCUCCGCUGUCCUGACAAUCACUCUCCCUUGAGUCAUCCUCGCUUCCCCCCGACGUCCCCUAGCACUCUGACGUCUUCCCCCUUCCUCCCCCCAGCUCUGACGGACACAGUCCUCUCACCCCACUCAACCCUCCUCCUUUAUAAAGGGAUUUUCCUCUUUUUAAUCUAAGAACACCCCCCCUCCCCUCUCUCGCAGCCUCCGCGCUCGCACCGCCACGGGGGGAAGAGACGAUCCUGCCGCCGCUCCCUUUCCACCUGUGGGAACCGGCAGCGGGACCGCGGCCAUGGGCGGCCGCCGCCGCUCCUAGCGCCCGUGCGUCCCCCCGGGGCCGCGGGCGCGGCGGGAGCCCAGAGGUUUUAAUGAAAUAGUGAUCAAAGGAACAGUCGGGACUUCAACAUGCCUUUUCAUGUGGAGGGGUUGGUGGCCAUAGUUGUAUUCUACCUUGCUAUCCUGGCAGUUGGGAUAUGGGCUGCUUGGAAAACCAAGAAUACUGGCAGUGAAGGAGAUCGCAGCGAAGCUAUUAUAGUCGGUGGAAGAGACAUUGGCUUGCUAGUUGGUGGAUUUACAAUGACUGCCACCUGGGUCGGAGGAGGUUACAUCAAUGGGACAGCAGAAGCUGUGUAUGUCCCAGGCUACGGUCUGGCUUGGGCGCAGGCACCUAUCGGAUAUUCCCUUAGUCUGAUCGUAGGUGGUCUGUUUUUUGCAAAACCCAUGCGAUCCAAAGGCUAUGUAACAAUGCUAGACCCUUUUCAGCAGCUUUAUGGAAAAAGAAUGGGAGGGCUACUCUUCAUCCCGGCUUUAAUGGGAGAAAUGUUUUGGGCUGCUGCCAUCUUCUCUGCCUUAGGUGCCACUAUAAGUGUGAUCGUUAGCAUUAAUAUCAAUAUUUCGGUCAUUAUUUCUGCCCUGAUUGCAACUAUGUACACUCUUGUGGGUGGGCUUUAUUCUGUGGCCUACACGGAUGUAGUCCAGCUCUUCUGCAUCUUCCUGGGGCUGUGGAUCAGCGUACCCUUUGCAAUGUCACAUCCUGCAGUGACAGACAUCGGGCUCACAGCUGUGCACCGGGUGCACCAAGCACCUUGGCUUGGAUCUAUUAACUCGCUUGACAUUUACACAUGGCUGGACAAUUUCCUUUUGUUGACAUUAGGAGGAAUCCCAUGGCAAGCAUAUUUUCAGCGAGUUCUUUCUUCAUCUUCUGCCACAUACGCUCAAGUUCUGUCAUUUCUGGCUGCUUUCGGCUGCCUUGUGAUGGCUCUUCCUGCAAUACUCAUUGGUGCGAUUGGAGCAUCCACAGCCUGGAAUGAGACUGAUUAUGGUACUCCUGACCCCAUGACUAACAAAGAAGCAGAUAUGAUUUUACCGAUAGUGCUUCAGUAUCUUUGUCCAGUCUAUAUCUCUUUCUUUGGCCUGGGAGCUGUAUCUGCUGCCGUGAUGUCGUCAGCUGACUCUUCAAUUUUAUCAGCAAGUUCUAUGUUUGCUCGGAACAUUUACCAGCUUUCAUUUCGGCAAAAUGCCUCAGACAGGGAAAUCGUAUGGGUCAUGAGAAUCACUGUUUUUCUGUUUGGAGCAUCAGCGACAGCAAUGGCAUUGCUAGCUUCAUCUGUGUAUGGCCUGUGGUACCUCAGCUCUGAUCUCGUUUAUAUCAUCAUAUUCCCUCAGCUCCUGUGUGUGUUAUUUAUUAAAGGAACCAACACCUAUGGUGCCAUUGCAGGAUAUUUAUUUGGCCUUGUUCUCAGAAUAACUGGAGGGGAACCGUACCUGUACCUUCAGCCCUUGAUCUACUAUCCUGGCUGCUAUCUAGAUGAAAAUAAUAUCUAUGUCCAACGAUUCCCAUUUAAAACACUUGCUAUGCUUACCUCCUUCUUUACUAACAUUAUAGUCUCCUACUUAGCAAAAUAUCUAUUUGAAAGUGGGACUUUGCCACCAAAACUGGACUUCCUUGAUGCUGUUGUUGCGAGGUACAGUAGAGAACACAUGGACAAAGCAACUCUUGUAAAAAGUGACAAUAUUGUAUUAAAUGAACUCGCACCUGUGAAUCCACGGCACAGUCUAACUUUGAGCUCAACUUUCACAAAUAAGGAAGCCUUCAAUUAUGUUGAUUCGAGUCCAGAACUGUCCAACGCUGAAGAUAAUUAAAAAGUCUGGUAUCCCCAGACAAAGCAGUGCAAAACAGGAUAGCCUACAAAGAAUAGUAAGAAGCAUUUUAUCAGAAGAAAAGCAAGAACUGGGAAUAAUAUGCCACUGCACAAUUCUUUAAGUUGGUUCUAGGAACAGGAGCAGCCCAUGGAAGAAACUGUUUUGUGUUAUUAUCUAACAUGUUGGAUUAGAUCAUAGAGUAUUUAUCAAAAUAUACACUCAGACCCCAUUCUUUCCACCUAGAACUAUAUACUGUAUAAUUUUUAAAAUAUUUAAAACUGCAAAUAUAAGUAACAGAAAAGUGCAACUGUUAUUUAGCUAGGAUAUUAUGUGAAGAGAUUAUAAUACAGUCACUCUGAAAUACUAUCAGUCAACAUUUUAUUGGCUUUAAGUGAAAAUAUAUCAUCACAGCUAUAAGUGAUUUAUUACAAAAGAGCUAGUUACUUGAGCCAAGACAGGUAACUUCCUCAGGUUUUUGGUCUGUUUGUUUUUUCCUUAUAAUGAAUUUCAAAGAACACAAAUUUAGUAUUUUGUUAUUUGUAUGAGACAGUGAAAUGCGCAAAUAGUAAUAAAUUCCUUAUAGGAGUGUUAAAUUUUUAUUAACAAGUUAAAAUGAAUUCCCAGUUUAAAAUCAUGUUAUACUUUACGCAAGACAACCUUAAGCAAAGUAUGUUAAUACAGGUGUUCUUUUUUCCCAGUCUUGAGUGGUUAUCAAUCACCAAUGGAGGAUAAAGAAAUAAAUAUUUUAUAGCAAUAAUUGAAGUUGAAACUCAACUUGUGAAAAAUGUCAAAACUGUAGGCUUUUACAAACUAAAUAUAAUAUUGCAAUGUUGAGAAAAGAAGUCUUAUCUUGACUUGUCAUCAAAAUGAACAUUGAGUGAAGCAGUCUGAUGCCAUUCAACUGCCGCAGUGAACAAAUAUUAAAAAGUAAAGAGAGUCAAAAAGGCUGCUUGAAACAGAGGAGAGGGUUUUCCAUGGGGAAAAUUCCCAUUUUUCACUCAAUAAAAAAAAAUAUUCUUAAAGACAACAAAAGGUCUUUUGGGUUGGACUUGCUGGGAUUAAUCUGAAAAGUGUAAAUUUUCUAUGGAAAAUCAUAUUGUCCUGAAAAUUUGACUUCCCACUGGAAAAUAGGCUUGCCAAACAACUUUCCACAUUGGUACGUGUCCACCUCCAAAAGCAGUACCAGCUUGGAGGGGAACUGAAAGUAAAGGCAAAUCCACAAGUGUAGCAAAUUGCACGGUAGUGUCUUCCACUGAACAUUGUACUCCAUUAUUGAGAGCCAUCCUCCUGGGCAAUCCCGAUGCCUGUGUGCAACAUCAGCACCGACCAGGAGCAGGCAAGACUUCACUCAUAAAUAGCAACGCUGGCCAGGAGCAGUAAAGCAGGGAGAUUAGGCCGCUUCCGACUUUGCCCUGACCAGCAGGGAACACAUAAAGUUGUUUCUGCUUACCCACGGCCUAGAUGACUGUGUCUGUCCCCAUUGGUAGGUGCCUUCUGCAGUGGGAGAUCUAACAGCUAGAUUUCUGUACUAUUGACGGUUAUGCUCCAAUAAUUCGUUUUACUCUCUACGCGUGACACAAAAAAUUUCAGCUGAAAUCCAGCCAUCCUCCUGUUGCUGGUCACUAGUGAAAAUUUCUUCUGUAAUGUUCACAGCACUAGGAGCUAUACUGGAGGACAGGAAGUAUAAGAAUAGGUUUUGCUGCUAAAGGAAGAAGCCAUCAACUUGUGCAUUCAAUGUUGACAUAAACUUUCACAAGGUUGAAUCCUUAGAUAUGUUUUUGCUCCUUUUGUGGAGUUUUAACGGCAUAUAUAUAUUUUAUGUGUAGAUAAAAUUAAUUUUAGAAAUUUUAACUUUUUUCUCCAUACACUGCAUUUCAAAAAUAACACUACAUCUCAGCUCUGAAUAUGCACUGUGCACUGCAGUACUACUGUCUACCGUGCUAACAAAUAUUAGGUGUGCUCUGGAUUGAGGGAAUCAGAAUCAGGAUCUGCAGAAAAGUCAAUACAGCAUAGAAAUGACAAUUCCUGUCGGGUAAGUAAAUGGGUGGCCAGUGAGAUUCAGAGUCCUGAGGAGUUCCCAAACCAGACAUGAGCCCAGCAAUAUUUAUUCCCCGCUGAAUCAUGGAAAAGAGAAGGGGAAAGGCAUCAUAUGGAAGAGAGAGAGAGGGGAGAACAGAGCCAUUGCUGAAUUGUUAUCAGUUCCUGGCCAAAAUCCACUAGCCUGAAUCCCUUUUUAAGAGGAAAUAGCAAGCCAUGGUUUUACUAGCUUGCAUAGCUGAUAGCUUUCACUACAGUUCCAAAUUAAGUUAAAAAAAUCCCAUUUGACAGCCACCUUGAGAUCUUCCUAAAAAACUUAUUUUCUUUUGGUUUUGUCUAGCUAGGAAUUGUUAUAAUUUCACCAUGAAAAGGUGCUAAAUGGCCAGAUGGCUUUGAAUACAGCAGUAUUUCCGCAUACCUGCCAUACAUGGGGAUAUGUUACUGCAAAGCUGCGUUGCAAGGAUGCAGAUGAGAGAAGAGACUUUCUUUUUCAAUAAAUUUGUCUCUGCUCUGAAGAAAAACAAAACUUGGUAUUAAAAAAUUCACAAAAGAUUUGCGGGAGGAGAGAGAAAGGGGGAGAGGGCUCGACUGGAAUUGUUUAAGAUAUUUUGUUUAGGAAAGAAAAAUCAUUCCAUUUCUAUUAUAUUCACUCAUUGCCAUAAAAAUAUAAAAAUAUAAAAAAAUAUUUUGAAAUGCUCAGAAUGAAUAAUUAAAUGAAAAAAAAAAUGUUUUCAUCCCAAAACUUCAAACCAGAUGUUUUCAACAUUAUCAGAAUAUCUUCUACUGCUUUUUCUAGCUGAUAUUUUUGUGAGAUCACUGUGAUUUUACAAAGCUUUUCUGUAUAGAUGGAACUAUGCAUUCUGUAGUGGAAAAUGGUUCCAACAAAGUUUUCCAGUCCUCUUGAGGAAGACUGCAAACGUUGGUCCCACAGUUAUUGGAUGUCUAAAAGCAGUAAACCAUGGAAGCUUUAUCAUACAACAGAGAGAAGCAGACAUUGAAGAGUGUAUAUAGUGUGACCUUAACUCUGGUUUCGACAUACCAAGUCUCUAUGUGUGUCUUUGCAUGUGUCCAACAACGAUUGCAGUGGUGGGCUGCCUUCUGGAUUGAAAAAGCCUGAAAGCCAAACUAAACAACCCUGUGCAAGGUCUGGUUAUAAUUUUUCUUGCCUUUGUUCAGCUAACCUAGUAUUAGAUUUAUAUAAAGCUGUUAAUAUAACCAACCAAAGGCAAUAUACUAAGACUGAUAGCUACAAAAAAGAAGAAAACAAAAUGCAACCAAGUUACUUUCAAAAGGAAAAUGCCAACAGGAUAUGAGUCUUCAAGCAGACUUUAUUUUGAUGCAAAUCAUCCAGUGUUGCUUCCCCAUUUUUGCAAUUUGUAGACAGCGGUACUGUGAACUAAAUUGUUUCUACAAUCAGUGAAGCAAAAAGUUCAUUUUCAGACACUGAGGUUAUUGUUUCUGAGCCCACCACUUGAGGAUAAAAUAUUCAUAUCAUGAUUAUGUAUUUUACUUUCAUAUUCUUAACAUUUCUGUGGAUAACACUUAUUUGACAGGGGAUUUUUUUACCUCCUUUGCAUGAGAUGUGUUCAUAAAAUUGAGGUUAAUACAUAGCUGAGAUGUCAAGAGCAGUUACAAUUUCAUCUAUAUUUGUCCAUGUGGGGUGGUAUAUGUAUUAUAAAUAAAAUAUUCUUUUGUGAACCUGAACUGAAUGUAAAUGUAAAUGUAGAUCGAAUAAAGUAAAAGUCAGAUUUAGCCUUUUAUUUUCAUAUAGUACAAUAACUUAGGAUUUCAAAUAUAAAUAUCAUAGGACAAAAACUAUUACUCAUUUUUCCUUCUGCCCUUCAACAGUAUUUGAUCAAGUACAACAUGCAGUUAGACAGUAAGUUAUUGUAAGACUGCUAUUUAUCAGGGCAGUAUUUGUGGCUGUUGUUUAAAAAAAAAUGUAUAUUUUUGUCUGUGUCAGAAAUGUUAUAUUAAGCCUAUACCUAACAAAGCAGAUAGGAAAAAUUAUAUAUAUAUAUAUAUAUGUUUUAACUGCAUUUGUAUUGUAUUCAAUAGUGCCCAUGCAAUUCAGGAAAAUACUGUCUAGUUUUGGGUUUGUUCUGUCCAUCUACUAAAAAUAAAGGCAUUUAUUUUGUUAUCA